AUGGGUGAAUUAAACGGCCCAUCCGUCAGAUCGGAUCGGUCCCAUGAGCGAGACCCUCGUCAGUCAACAUCGCGCGUGAGUAUGUUUCGACCAUCGGACAAACAGAACAAAAAGUUAACGGCCCUUGUUGUAAUUGGAUCUGAUUUCCAGAAAAUGCUCGCUCACCUUCCUUUUGGAGCGACAAGGAUCUCGGCCGGGCGAAGAAUUAACCUAUCUUUCGCUGAGCGAUCUCAACUCAAAAUGCCAAUUAAUGAGAGGCUCAACUUCAUUCUCUUCGCCCCUGUGAAGAUCAUUAUAUGGGCACGACAACGAGAUGAAGGCGACGAUUGGCGCGCGCGCCGGCUGCCAUCUCGCGGUAACGAAUGCCAUUUGGAUCGGAUUGCGUUCGGGUCACGCUAUCCUAGUCACAGCGCGUUACGAUUGGCUGUUAGGACCCGGCGGUGA